AUGCGAGUUGCUAUUGUCACAAGAACAAACCAUUUUUUCAUGGAAGUGGGUAACCAAGAAACAGUUGUUGAAAUCAAGAGGAAAAUAGAACAAAUCCAUGGUGUUCCAGUGGCUUCACAAAUCCUAACAGUUUCUGGGUGGGAACUAUUGGAUGGAUUGGACAUGGAAGAUUACCCUAUUGUGACUGAAGGCACAAAAGUUGACCUCACCAUCAAACAAGUGGAGCCACAUCCUAACAAAAUGCAAAUCACAGUAAAAUUUUCAGCUAGGAAGUUCAACAUUGAGGUGGACAGAACUGACACAGUUCGUAGCUUGAAGGAAAAAAUUCACAUCAUUGAUAGCACACCCAUCAAAAGAAUGUCACUAUACUCUUCAGGUAUAGAACUGGAUGAAGACUUUAGAGUCUUGAGUGAGUAUGGCAUACGCGAAUCUUCUGAGAUUGUUGUGUUCCUCAAGACCAUGAAUCGAUCAAGAGAUGAACCUCCCACAAGGAAGUUGAGCUUGGUAGUGCAAACUUCCUCUAGUUUGCUUAAUGCUGCCACCAUUCCAUUGGAGAUGAGAGAUGCAAGCACAGUCAAUGAGUUGAAGCAGUUACUGCUAAGCAGAAAAAUUCUGCCAGUUGAUGACUAUCUGUUUAUACACAGGCAGAGGAUUAUGCGUGAUAGUUGUAGCCUCCGGUGGCAUGGAGUUGAAAAUGGAGACUGUCUCUAUGUUUUUAAGGGGACAGUUAGUCGUAGUGGGUAUGCAUGAGCUUCUUAUUAUAGUUGUUCUCGCAUUUUUUUUAAAAUUAUUGUUUGUUAUGUUUACAAUUAAAAGCAAAGAACAUUUUAUAUGACAUGAAAUUCUUGUUUUACUUGUGAGUUGUGUUUGUAUGACAGAAUCUGUUAUCUGUUGAUACCAUUUGU